AUGGCGCCUCGUGCGGACAGCCACGCCAUCCCAGGCACGUUCACCCUGGUGGACGUGGAUGGUGUCUUGGCCGCUCGUCACCUUGAUAGAGGGGAUAGAGAUAUUGUGCUCGUGCCUGAACCUUCCAAUGACCCUGAUGAUCCCCUGAAUUGGUCCCCACGGCGCAAGCUACUAUCUACUAUCUGUGUGAGCGUGUACACCUUGUUUGCGGGAAUCUCAACCUCGGUUGUGUAUUCGGUGCUUGUUCAGCUCUCUGAAGAGACAGGUGUUGCGGUGGACACUCUCAAUCAGGGAACAGGAUAUCUGUUCUUGCUCGCCGGCUGGGGCCUUCUCUUCUGGCAACCAUUUGCGUUGCAGUAUGGUAAACGGUUGACAUACAUUCUCUCAUUAGUUGGAACAUUGGCUACAUUGGUAUGGGGUCCCUAUGUUCGUUCGAACGGCGAGUGGAUUGGCCGCAGUAUUCUUUCAGGCUUCUUCGUUGCUCCGAUCGAAGCCCUUCCAGAAGUGACCGUCACCGAUGUGUACUUUACGCAUGAACGAGGGACGUAUAUGGGCCUGUACGCUUUCUUCUUGGCCGGGAGCAACUACUUUGCGCCGGUCAUAUGCGGCUUCAUUGCCCAAUAUCAGGGAUGGCAAUGGGUUUUCUACUGGCCUGCCAUAUUCUGCGCUGGGACUAUCGUGUUCCUCUUUUUCUUCAUGGAGGAGACAAACUACGCGCGGAAACACGCCGAGACAGCCACCGUCGAGGCCGUGCUAGAGUCGUCAAUGACCCCCUCCGAGCAAGGUGACCAGGGAAAGGCACCUAUCCCUGCACAACCGGAUGAAACAGAGUGUGGAGUUAUCUACAGCAAGAUGACCUAUAUUCAGAAGCUGUCAAUCGUUGGACCUCGACAACCCAGGAACAACAUGUUUAGGAGGUUCUACCAAACGUUGUACUACCUGAGCUGGCCGGUUAUCUUCUAUGCUGGGUUUUCCUAUGGCUCGUAUCUGAUAUGGUUCAACGUUUUGAAUGCCACUUCAUCUCUUAUUCUGGGGUCAGCGCCAUAUAAUUUCAGUUCAUCAAUGGUCGGUCUGAGCUAUCUCGCAUGCUGUCUAGGUGUCAUUUUCGGGUCCCUCUUUACCGGAAGAUUCAGUGACUGGCUUACUAUCAAACUAGCUCGACGGAACAGUGGAGUGAUGGAAGCCGAGCAGCGCCUCUGGCCCUUCCUUGCAUGCCUAAUCCUUGUCCCUGGAUCGUUACUUCUCUGGGGUGUGGGUGCAGCCCACGAGGUCCACUGGUUCGGACUUCUAGUCGCGAUGUGCCUGCUUGCGCUCGCCAACACCUGCGGAAUCACCCUGAGCGUCAACUAUCUCGUAGACAGCUAUAGGGAGCUGAGUGGCGAUGCGAUGGCUAGUGUGAUCUUGGUUCGCAACACAAUGUCGUUUGCCAUGGGCUACGGUAUUACACCCUGGCUUGAAAACCUGGGAUACCAGAACUGCUUUGUGUCCGCGGCGUUCAUUGGCAUGGGCAUAUCUGCCGUGUUUCUGGUGAUGAUCAAAUGGGGAAAGACAUUCCGAGCUCGCAGUCGCGACAAGUACUGGAGCAUUGUCAGGGAGAAUCAAGCCAGGGGAAUGGGACAUUGA